CUUCAACUGACGUUGUUCCUGCAAUCAAGCUGGUUAUACAUCAACCGCCACAAUGUUAACCCGCGCUCCAAGAUCUCUUCGGCAGUUACGGCUGCCCGUGCGAGAAACUUUACAGUAUCGGUCCAUCUCAAGCAGUCAACAGACUUUCGCCAGCGUGGAAGCGGAGGAAAAGGAUCCCGUGGAGUUAGACACCAUCACUACCUUGAGCAAUGGGGUGCGUGUCGCGACCGAAGCCCUUCCAGGCCACUUCUCCGGCAUUGGCGUGUACGUCGAUGCUGGCUCUCGGUACGAGAGCGAUGCGCUGCGCGGCGUCAGCCAUAUCAUCGACCGGCUAGCCUUCAAAUCUACCGCCGGCAGCUCGGCGGAUAAGAUGCUGGAGUCAAUAGAGACUCUUGGAGGUAAUAUCCAAUGCGCCUCUUCCCGGGAGUCCCUCAUGUACCAAUCCGCCACCUUCAAUUCCGCCGUACCGAGCACCGUUGCCCUCCUUGCCGAAACCAUCCGCGAUCCCUUGGUGACGGAGGAAGAAGUCGAACAACAACUGGCAACUGCCGAUUAUGAGAUUGGAGAGAUCUGGUCGAAACCGGAGCUGAUUCUUCCCGAGCUGGUGCACAUGGCCGCAUUCAAAGACAAUACCCUAGGAAAUCCUCUCCUGUGCCCAAAGGAACGCCUGACCGAGAUUGACCGGUCCGUUGUCGAUGCUUACAGAAGGAUAUUAUACAAGCCUGAAAGGAUGGUGGUUGCAUUUGCGGGCGUGGAUCAUAGCACGGCCGUCAAGUUGACGGAGCAAUAUUUCGGCGAUAUGAAGCAAGGCGCUGGUCUAUCACUCCCGGAACUCACCCCGGAACUCCUUGCGCAAUCGCAGGACUCAUCGAUGUCGGACGAUAGCUCGAGCAUCUCCUCGACCUCUUCAUCCUCCUACGCCUCUCAAGAUCCUACCCGCCUGGCGAACAAAAUCCCUUUCAUAAAGAACCUUUCCACAUCUGCCGCCGCCCAAGCAUCCGUACAAUCAUACCUCCCCGAUCUCUCUCGAUCUACACCUCUAGAGCUACCAUCCGUAUAUACCGGCGGCUUCCUAUCUCUCCCGCCCCUCCCUGCGCCCGCCAAUCCCUCACACCCUGCCCUUACCCACAUCCAUCUUGCUUUCGAAGCGCUUCCGAUCACCCACCCAGACAUCUACGCGCUUGCCACGCUCCAAACCCUCCUCGGCGGCGGCGGAUCUUUCUCGGCCGGCGGCCCCGGAAAAGGCAUGUACAGCCGCCUAUACACGAACGUCCUCAACCAGCACGCGUGGGUGGAGUCCUGCGUCGCCUUCAACCAUUCGUACACCGACUCCGGCCUCUUCGGACUGGCUUCCUCGUGCUCUCCCGACCACGUCAUCCCGAUGCUGGAAGUCAUGUGCCGCGAGAUCUCGGCGCUGACCGGGGAGAGCGUCGCGCCAUCCAGCCAGGGCGUCCCGCGCGGGUUGGUCGGGAGGAGCCGACAGCUGUCGCAAGGGGAGGUCGACCGGGCGAAGAACCAGCUGCGGAGUAGCCUGCUGAUGAACCUCGAAAGUCGCAUGGUCGAGUUGGAGGAUCUGGGAAGGCAGGUGCAGGUGCAUGGACGAAAGGUGGGCGUCAAGGAGAUGUGUCGGCAUAUCGAAGAGGUGACCAUGGAGGACUUGCAACGAGUCGCGAGGAUGGUGUUCCGAGGGGAGGUGAAGAACAAGGGGAAGGGAAGCGGUGCGCCGACUGUGGUGUUGCAGGAGAGUGAGGAGGUGUCAUUACCGGGCGGUUUGGUGGGUUUGGGACGGCGGAAACCCAAGGCGAGCCUUGGGUGGGGAGAGAUUCAGGAGCGAAUAGAGAACUGGAAGCUAGGCAGGAGGUAGGACCUGUUCGCAGGACUGUUUUUCGUAUACUGUGCAGAGUGUUAUGGUUCUCAGCUCUUGAGGCGGAUUGUAUAGAGUACUGGGCCUAGUAUCUGGCCAAAAGCAAGGUAAAGGCAUAGCAACGUUCAUGUCAAGCCAAAGAUGUACGAUAGGUGGAUAGGACAUGUACCAGGAACAAGGAUUUAUUCCAGCAUAAUUCAAAUGGACUCAUGCCCCAUUAUAGUCUAACUGUACAUUUCGGACUUCACAAUCCAGGCGCCAUGCAAUGCGGGUGUACGAAAUAGAGCAAACCAACGUUGUAACACACAUCAACCAUCACAAUCAACCGAGGCGGAUCUUAGUCGGUCUUCCCUGUGAGUCGCUUCGACUCGUCACCAUGUCCCUCAUCGUCCUCAUCAUCCGACCACUUAUCCUCAUCACCCACAG